CUGACUGCUGCCAGCUCCGGGCUCGCGCAGAGGGCUGCGACGGAGAGCGCAGCAGGUACUCACCAAGGUAUGCGUGUUGGCUCCCGGAGCUGAGCAGCAGCGAUGUGGCACCGGGCUCUGGGACCAGGGUGGAAGCUGCUGCUGGCCCUGGCGCUGACCAGCCUGCAAGGCGCGAGGGGGGCUGAGGAGGAACCGAGCAGUGAUGGGAGCUUCCAGGUGGUCACCUUCAAAUGGCACCACGUCCAGGAUCCAUACAUCAUUGCGCUCUGGAUCCUCGUGGCCAGCUUGGCCAAAAUCGUCUUUCACCUGUCCCACAAGGUCACCAGUAUCGUCCCCGAGAGUGCUCUACUCAUCGUUCUGGGCCUGGUGUUGGGUGGCAUCGUCUGGGCAGCUGACCACAUCGCCUCCUUCACACUCACACCCACGCUCUUCUUCUUCUACCUGCUGCCCCCUAUUGUGUUGGAUGCUGGAUACUUCAUGCCCAAUCGACUCUUCUUUGGCAACCUGGGCACCAUUCUGCUAUAUGCUGUCAUUGGCACUAUAUGGAAUGCAGCCACCACAGGAUUGUCCCUCUAUGGUGUCUUCCUCAGUGGCUUGAUGGGUGAACUGAAAAUUGGACUCCUGGAUUUCUUGCUGUUUGGUAGCCUCAUUGCAGCUGUGGACCCAGUGGCUGUGCUGGCUGUGUUUGAGGAAGUCCAUGUCAAUGAAGUCCUCUUCAUCAUUGUCUUUGGGGAGUCACUGCUGAAUGAUGCAGUGACUGUGGUCUUGUACAAUGUUUUUGAGUCUUUUGUGACACUGGGUGGUGACGCAGUGACUGGCGUGGAUUGUGUGAAAGGCAUAGUGUCCUUCUUCGUGGUGAGCCUGGGGGGCACUCUGGUGGGUGUUAUCUUCGCCUUCCUGCUGUCCUUGGUGACUCGCUUCACCAAGCAUGUGCGUAUCAUCGAGCCUGGCUUCGUCUUUGUCAUUUCCUACCUGUCCUAUCUGACCUCCGAGAUGCUGUCUUUGUCAUCCAUCCUGGCCAUCACCUUUUGCGGCAUCUGCUGUCAGAAGUACGUGAAGGCCAACAUCUCAGAGCAGUCGGCCACCACUGUGCGCUACACUAUGAAGAUGCUGGCCAGUGGAGCAGAGACCAUUAUCUUUAUGUUCCUGGGUAUCUCAGCUGUGAACCCCGACAUCUGGACAUGGAACACAGCUUUUGUGUUGCUGACACUGGUCUUCAUUUCUGUAUAUCGAGCCAUUGGUGUUGUUCUGCAGACCUGGAUCCUGAAUCGCUACAGAAUGGUGCAGCUAGAAACCAUUGACCAGGUGGUCAUGUCCUAUGGUGGCCUGCGUGGGGCAGUGGCCUAUGCCUUGGUGGUACUUCUGGAUGAGAAGAAAGUCAAGGAGAAAAAUCUGUUUGUCAGCACCACUCUCAUUGUGGUUUUCUUCACAGUCAUCUUUCAGGGCCUGACCAUUAAGCCCCUGGUGCAGUGGCUGAAGGUGAAGAGGAGCGAGCAUCGUGAGCCAAAGCUCAAUGAGAAGCUACAUGGCCGGGCUUUCGACCACAUCCUCUCAGCCAUUGAGGACAUCUCAGGACAAAUUGGACACAAUUACCUCAGAGAUAAGUGGUCCAAUUUUGACCGGAAGUUCCUCAGCAAAGUCCUCAUGAGAAGAUCUGCUCAAAAAUCUCGAGAUCGGAUCCUGAAUGUUUUCCAUGAGCUGAAUUUGAAGGAUGCUAUCAGCUAUGUGGCUGAGGGAGAGCGCCGUGGGUCCCUGGCCUUCAUUCGCUCCCCAAGUACGGACAAUAUGGUCAAUGUGGACUUCAACACACCCCGCCCAUCUACUGUGGAGGCGUCUGUCUCAUAUUUCUUGAGGGAAAAUGUCAGUGCUGUAUGCCUGGACAUGCAGUCCUUGGAACAGAGGCGGAGGAGCAUCCGUGACACCGAGGACAUGGUCACCCACCACACACUGCAACAGUACCUGUACAAGCCUCGGCAGGAGUACAAGCAUCUCUAUAGUCGGCACGAGCUAACACCCAAUGAGGAUGAAAAGCAGGACAAGGAAAUCUUUCACAGAACCAUGAGGAAGCGCCUGGAGUCCUUUAAGUCAGCUAAGCUAGGCAUCAACCAGAAUAAGAAGGCGGCCAAGCUGUACAAGAGGGAGCGCGCACAGAAGCGGAGGAAUAGCAGCAUUCCUAAUGGGAAACUGCCUAUGGAGAACCUGGCACACAACUACACCAUCAAGGAGAAAGAUUUGGAACUUUCAGAGCAUGAGGAGGCCACCAACUAUGAAGAGAUCAGUGGAGGCAUUGAGUUUCUGGCCAGUGUCACCCAGGAUGUAGCCUCUGACUCUGGGGCAGGAAUUGAUAAUCCCGUGUUCUCCCCUGAUGAGGAUCUGGACCCAAGCAUCCUAUCCAGGGUGCCACCCUGGCUGUCCCCUGGGGAGACCGUGGUGCCCUCCCAGAGGGCCCGUGUUCAGAUUCCAAACUCUCCCAGCAACUUCCGCCGCCUGACACCAUUCCGCCUCAGCAACAAAUCCGUGGAUUCCUUCCUGCAGGCUGAUGGCCACGAGGAACAGCUCCAACCGGCUGCCCCCGAGUCCACACACAUGUAACUGCUUUCCUCCUCUAACGCGUUCUUUCUUCCCAGCUGUUGCCGUCAGGUGUACCUGCACUUUUUCAGACUUUGCAGCAGCUGUCUUCACUCUGCAAACCCUGUCUUGGUCAUCUGUCCAGCUGUAUAUUUCUUAGAACCUGCUUGUCCACAGAGCUCUUCCACCUGCUCUUUGCUUCUGUCUCUCGGCUUGCCCCCGCUUCCACCCUUUUCGACAGGGUUUCCCUGAGCAGCUCUGGCUGCUGGAACUUAGCUAUGAAAACCAGGCUGCCUUUGCCUCCUGAGUGCUGGAAUUAAAGAUCUGGCUCUUUGAAAGAGCCUUAUGUGCCUUGAGGCUUGUGAUAGGUUUUUAGGGUAGAGCAGUAGUACCCAGGGAUGGGUGUGGCACUGCUACCCCUUGUGGAGGGGGCUGCUAUCAAUGGCAGGGUUUGAAAGUGUCAGAAUAUGGGGAGUGAGCCAGAUCUGCUCAGUGCAUAGCUGCCUAGGAAGGUUCAGAGACACCGGCUGGAACUCCUCCUAACUCUGCAGUAGUGCACAGCAGAAAAUGCCCCCAUUUGGUGUGGAAGGUUAGGGGUCUUUCUUUGCACUUGAGCCUGAGGUACCCUUUCCAUGGUCAGGCACCUAAUUUUGGGCAAGCCAUGGAGGAACAGCAAACUCAGGGGGAAGGGAAUCUUGGACUGAGUACAGGCUUCUGGAGGUCAGUGUUGAUCUGGACUGAGAGCCACUCACACUCCUGUUUUCCCACAGGUGACACGGGCUCUGGCACAUCGCUUACUGGACGCUUGUCUCGUCAGCCAUCUGCUGCUUCCCAGCAGUCUUUGCUCCCCGCAGGGCUCGCCCACCCACGCGCCCCAAGCCCCGCCCCAUCUGAGCGCACCUCGACUGUCACUUUUGCCUCUGGUGAUCCCGGGACAGAGCCAGAGCACCGGGCCCCACCCAGUGCACAUGCUCGGUCGGCAGCUGCACGCCGGGUACACAGUAGGCGCUCAUUCCAAAGGCCUCGCCCGCGCCGACGACCAGCUCUGCUAAAACUCGCUUCUCUUCCGGGCUCUAUAGAACUGCCACUGCACGCUCUGGAGCAAGAAGAGACGCCACUGUAAUUGCUGCCUGGCCAGGGGCCCAGCUCAGAGGGUCUCCUUCAGUGGCCCCUCCCCAACCAGCUAGUGUUCUUAGGGUCCAAUGCACCCUGGGAGUCUUAAUGCAUAGCCUAGCCCUAGGAAGAAUCCAUCUGGUGUCCCCAGGAUACCACACUGCCUCCUGCCAUCUUCUUGCCCUGGUUCAGAUCCUAGGGCUCUGUGGUGCUGCCUCCCCACCCCUACCCUGAGGCUAGAGCCCUUGUUAGUGUUUGCCACCCUUACUCUGAGGAGGAGGAAGAUCCCUGAGCGGCUUGUGGUGGACUUAAAUCACUGCUGGUACAAAAGAAGGUCUCAAAAAUUAAGAUGUGUAGAAGUGGCACUGCCCAGAUCAACCUCAUUCUAAAUAGGUAGCAGGUCCUAUGCAUCCCCAGAAAUAUACACCCCGAGGCCCUAUCUGACCCCCUUCCAAGUUAGUUCUCCAGACUGCCCUAGACCUUGUGAUUAACUGCAGAAAUAUUUGGCUCUUCUAGCUCAGACUUUCCCUGCCUGGCCCCUCCCAGCCUGGUCCUUGCCAUCACAAACAAGGUGUCUGGCCUGAGCUAUGCCUAAGUUGGGAACACUGCAGAUGGCCAGGCAGGCUGAGCUAGGGCGCUAGUAGUGGUUCACUAGAAACCUUGGUCAAAAUUAUAGCCAGCUCUCUGGUAUCAAUCAAAGGCAGGGAAGACCUGGGGCAUAGAGGGGCUCUACAUCACUCAAGAGUAGGGGAAUGUAGGAACCCACUCUCUGGGCAAUUUGUUCUGCCCCCAGAUCUUCAGGGACUCUGCCUUAGAACAUUGGCCCUCUGUAGGGGUAAGAGGCUGGGCCAUCAUCCCUUAUCACUUUUCCUCAGAAGUCCAGUAUUGAAGAGUCACCUGAGUUUUGCUUCCAACUCACUGGAAACUUGGCCUGUACCACAGGGUAUCACUUAAGGGAGAUCGAGAUGAGUCUAAAGGUGGACUUAAGGACUUCCUGGAGACUUCUGAAACAAAGCACUCAGGUUUCUGCUCAGGAAACUAAAUACCAUGUCUCAGGAACAAGGCUGACAGUCACCUUCAGAGGAGUCCCAGGAAGGUCCAUCAACUUAUAUUAAUGCUGCAGUUGAUUCAUGGAUAGGAAGAGAGCUGAGAGAAGUGAAUGAAAACAAAGCAAGUUCGCUCAACAUACUGCAUUGUGCUUCAGAGUGCCGUUCCCCAACGGAACCUGUCAGUAUGCUGUUGACUGGCUAGCUCAGACUCGGCCAUCAGGGAGAUGCUCAGCACCUGACUUCCACAGCCCUGAAGCAUUUGUCCAUUUCUGAAGUCCAGCCACCAUACAAUGCUGGGAUCCGGAAUUUCACCAGAUUAUUUGGAGCUGCCAUUUAGAGUACCUCCUAGGCACGGUGUACCUGGCUACUGUACCAGGGGUGUUCUGCGAGGCAUCUCUCAGCCCCUGCUCUGCAGACAAGUUUCUCAUACCUUCCUGUGCCAGGACACUGCCUUAACACCUCACCUGAUCUGCUGGACAUGGGGUCCAAUUCCCACUGCAGAAUUAGAAGCCAAAUGUGAUGAGACAGGCUUCGGCAACUGUCACCUUGCACCAGUACCCAGAGAUACCAAAGCUAGCAGCUGGGUGAUCAAUCUGUGGAACUCUUUGACACUCUGUCCAUAUUUUAGCUGUGCACAGGCCAUGUCCUUUGAGCGUGUGAACCACACCAUUGGGCAUAGCCAUAUGGAAUCAGAGUCUUGACAAGAAAGCCUCAUUCACAAAACCCCACUUCCUGUGCUUAAAUGACACAGUGGCCACAUCUCAUAGUUGAGGACCCUCUUGUUCUUGUCAUUGUUGUACAAUAGAAUGUAAAAUCCUAUGAAUGUAUUUCCUUAGGAAAACUGUUGUAAAAGGUUUUUUUUAUUAGAAGAGAAUUUCUAUUUAUUUAAUACUGAACUCAGACCUGCUUUGUGGUACUACAAAGUAUACAAAUUUAGGAAAUUUGUAUUUCCACUUCUGUAUUUUCUUGAAAAUAAUUUUAUUACAGUGUUCAAUAUACUAUGUAUUACUAAUCUUUUUAUGAAAGGAAAUUUAAAGGACUUCAUCAAAACUAGAAAUAUAUUUUGAAUGGUUAAAAUUGUGUAUUAAUGUGAACAUAGUCAUAGUUGAGCUUCAAUUCUGAUCACAGAAUCUCGUGCCUUAAAGCGGCCCUCCAAUGUGCUGGGCAGCAUUUGUACAAGGAGUUCAUCAGCAAACUGCAGGGACUGCUUGCUUAUGUCUAUUAAAAACACUUUGAGGCA